GGGUGGGAUACGCCAUGGAUGAGUGAUGGACGCGGCUGGGCCAGUUUGGAUACGGCCCAAACACAUGGAACGGCCCAACAGGCCCACUACCUGGUCAUUGCCCUUGCCUCCGGCCUCCCCGUCGUCGACCGCGGGGGCGCCGCCGUCUCUCCCUCGCGCCUAUCCCGCUCACUCUCACGUCAGCAGCCGGCGACCAGUGGCGGGACGCCAAGCUCUUCAGAGAAAGCAGCCCAGGGCACCCCUUUACCCGCGGUUCCUUUGCUUCAUCUCGGUGACCAGGGUAUGACCAUGAGUACAACUCAGAAAAUUAAUCCAGUGGAAUCAUCUGCUAAGGUUUUCAAACAAGCCUCACAGUUCAAAAGAUUGGGGCGGAAACAUCCAUUCGUCCGCUAUGGACUACCACUCAUUUCCUUGACAGUCUUUGGUGCAGUUGGGCUAGCUCAUCUUAUACAGGGCAGUAAAGAAGUGACAAAGGAAAAGGAAGAUAUAGAAUGGGAGGUUGUAGAGACAACGAAAGCUCUGAGCCGAACAGGGCCGGUGGAAGGAGCCUAUAAGCCCAAGAAGCUCUCUCUAGAGGAUGAACUGAAGGCUUUGCAACAAAAGGUUGACAUAAACAGCUACGACUACAAGCCUAUUCCAAGACCCAAUGAAAAAUAAGUGGAGUGUAGCAUAUCAUUGUUUACCAGUGUGAGGAGUGGAAGUUUUGUUGAUGUUUUCGUCAUCCUGUUGUUUCACGACUCUAUAUGGUUGCACAGUGGCACAGCUCUGAUCGAAUUAGAGGAAUGCUCAGCAUUAUCAUCAGAACUUUAUGCCCGGUACAGCUGCAGAGAAUUACUGUGAGGAUCCUUGAGCUGUAGGAACCAGUGUUUGUAGCAACAGCCGCCUUCAUGGCAUGUCUGUAUUGUUACUCUUCUGAGAUUGAUUUCUGAGAUGCUCGGAUACGGACCGACUGAAUAUGACUCUGACAAGUGAGCAUUCACAUUU